AUGGCCUCCAAAGACCAGGGCACCGGGCCCAAUAAACCCCCGAUCGACGACGAUGCCUUUCCGAAGCCUCAGUUCCCAGGCCGCUCCGACCGGCCAGGCCCGCCGAGCAUCAUCUCCUCGAGAAUGACAGACAUCGCGUCCGAUGACGGCGGCGAAGGCACAGCCCAGGCAACCUCCGAAAACCCACGUCGCAAAAGCGGCAUGGCCUCCGACACGUUGUCACGGCCGGGCACAGCAAAGACGGGCAUGUCUGGAUCCAGAGAAGGCUGGCGACGAGGCCCGCCUCCACGACUGAACUACAUCACGAGUCUCCACGAGAAGAGAGGAAGCACUGGUGCAGGUAGUAACGCCGGCUCCGUCAGCACUCGUCCUCCAAGUUCCGCAAGCCGCAGCCAUGUGCCGUCGCUCACAUCAUCGGCCUUUUUCCGUCCCAUGAGCUCUCAGAAGCUGCAGGCGCAGCGUGGUGGCUCUCGCCCCGCUACUCAGAACCGACAGCAACCGACGUUGGAGGAUGUUGAGCGUGCGGAACAGAGCCCUGCUGCGGCAGCUGCUGUCGCCAGCGGUGGACCGAACGCCAGGCAUAGCAUCAUUUCAAACCCGGUUUCGAACCCCGUUGCUCGACUCCAGCGACAACUCAGUGGAGACGGCGAUGGACGCCCGCCUCCGUCUCGCGGAACCGACUACACCGAUCAGGGGACGUACGACAGGAUAACGGCCAAUACCAGCCCCACGCAUGGACACCAUCCGGCCGGCAGCUUGUCCGAGAGUGUGACUCCGAUCUACCGGCAGCAGCGCAACAGCCGGAACCUCAGCGUCACCGUGGAUAGAGGUUUCAGGGACCGAGGCAACCAGCCGAGCCCUGUCAAGUCUCCGCGGUCGUUCCGCUCGAGUUUUCUGCUACCGGGGAGAAGCGAUGGCGAACAGAACAAGUCCCACAGGAGCCUGCCUGGCGCCGAGAAGCUUUCAUCUACCGCUUCCACUCCACGCCUCAACCCUGUGGACUCCUCAAGACCUGCCGACAAGAACAACUUGAAGAAGUCAAAAACCAACCUGGGCUACGUCUUCCAAUACUUUGAGGGAAACACCGUCUUCUGCCUUGGCGGUCGCUUCCAGAACACCAAGCAUAGGCCAGUGAACGUGGCGACAGGCUUGUUCAUCAUCAUCCCGGCCGUCCUCUUCUUCGUCUUCUCCGCACCCUGGAUCUGGCACAACAUCAGCCCUGCCAUCCCAAUCACAUUCGCAUACCUUUUCUACAUCUGCAUUUCCUCCUUCUUCCAUGCCUCGGUUUCCGAUCCUGGCAUCCUGCCUAGGAACCUCCACGUUUUCCCUCCUGCAGAACCUACCGAAGACCCCCUCCGACUUGGCCCUCCUACCAACGAUUGGACGCUCAUCAAGUCCGCCGAAUCAUCAACCGCAGCCAUGGAGGUCCCUGUCAAGCACUGCAGAACCUGCAACAUCUGGAGACCUCCUCGUGCUCACCACUGCCGUCUCUGCGAUAACUGCAUCGAGACGCACGACCACCACUGCGUCUGGCUCAACAACUGCGUUGGCCGACGUAACUACCGAUAUUUCUUUGCCUUCGUGUCAUCCGCCACAUUCCUCUCUUUAUACCUUCUUGGCGCCUCUUUGGCCCAGAUCCUCAUCCACAUGAACCUUUCCAACAUUUCCUUCGGCCAAUCCAUCGACGACUUCCGUAUCCCGUUUGCGAUGGUCAUCUACGGCUUCGUUUCAUUCCUCUACCCGGCCGCCCUCAUGGGGUACCAUAUCUUCCUGAUGGCGCGAGGCGAGACCACUAGAGAGUAUAUCAACUCUCACAAGUUCAUCAAGAAGGAGCGCUUCCGGGCGUUCACUCAGGGCAGCAUGCUCAAGAACUGGAUCGUUGUUCUCUGCCGGCCUAGGCCUCCUACCUAUUACCAAUUCAAGAAGAGGUACAACGCCGGCGACCAACGCCUCGGUGCUUCCAGAGAACAACCCAUAACCGACACCCAGGGCAUGGAGAUGCAGAACGUCAAGCCGUCUGCCGGGUUUCAAGGCCCCGUUUCUCUACGCAACGAAGUCAACACUUCAAUGACAUAA